AUGAGACCGGCGGCCCGCUUGCUCGGCGCACAGGGACACGCGUGGGGCCGCGGGGCCCGAGCCCCCUCCCCACCGUGGCUAGGGGUGCGGGAGGCCUCGCCCAGGCGGGGUCGAACCCAGGGGACAGGGCGGGGGGACGGCGCCAAGCCCCGGGCGCGCCCCCUGCAGGCCGCCCCCAGCCCAGGCGCCCCACUUCCGCGACCCGGGGGCCCCGCAGGGCGCAUCCCCGCCCCCGGGGCAGAGUGUCCUCGUGAGCCCCGGGGAGGCGGAGGCGCCCAGAGCCCGCCGGGACCCCUAGUGUCCCCGAAGCCCGGUCACUGCGGGGAAGGGCCCCCGCCCGGCCGGCCGGCCCCCGCGGGGCGCCAAAAAGCGGAACCCCGGCGCCCACGGGCGGGGCGCCCCACCCUGGCCUCCGCGCGCCCGGGCAGCGGCAGGGACCUCGGGGCGCACGUGGGACCCCCGCGGUCCGGGGUGCGGGUCGCCCGCCGCGGGGGAGGGGGAGGGUCGCGCACGUGGCCGGGGGGCGGGGCCGCCGCUUCCGCACCCCCCGGCGGCCACGUGGGGUGCCCUCCCCCACCGCGAUCGGGGGCGCGCCCUGCCGGGGGCGGGGAGGCGCGCGGGGGGGGGCGGGGCGCCGCGGGCGGGCGAGUGGGUGGGGGGCCCACCAGACCCCCGAGCGGGCGGCCCCGCAGCGGGCGGCGCGGGCGGCGGGCCGGCGGGGCUCCGGCUCGGGGGUCCCGAGGGGCGGCCUCCCUCCGGGGGACCCCCGCCCCCCAGCCGGGUGCGUCAGGCGCGGCGCCGGGGCGGGGCCGGGGGGCGGGGCGGCGCGGUGGCGCGCCCGGCCUCCCGCUCCCGCCUCCGCCUCCCUCCCGCACUCGCCGCCGCCGCCGGCCCGCGCCCCCCGCGCCCCCCAUGGCCUGCGUGGACUACUUCGCGGCCGACGUGCUCAUGGCCAUCUCGUCGGGCGCCGUGGUGCACCCCGAGCCCGCCGGGCCCCCCGCCCCCGCCGCCGCCGGCCUGGAGCUGCGCGCGCCCCCGGCGCCCCCCGCGCCCCCCGCGCCCGCCGCGCCCGCCGCGGCCCCCGCGCCGCACCUGCUGGCCGCCAGCAUCCUGGCCGACCUCCGCGCCGGGCUCCCGGGGGCACCCCCGCCCGCAUCGCCGCCCCCCGCCGCCGCGUCCCCGCCGCCCGGCCGCGCCCCCCCCGCCGCCGCCGCCGCCGCCGCCGCCAAGAGCCACCGCUGCCCGUUCCCGGGGUGCGCCAAGGCCUACUACAAGUCCUCGCACCUCAAGUCGCACCUGCGCACCCACACCGGAGAGCGGCCCUUCGCCUGCGACUGGCCCGGCUGCCACAAGAAGUUCGCGCGCUCCGACGAGCUGGCCCGGCACCACCGCACCCACACGGGCGAGAAGCGCUUCCCCUGCCCGCUGUGCGCCAAGCGCUUCACCCGCAGCGACCACCUCACCAAGCACGCCCGCCGGCACCCCGACUUCAGGCCCGAGCUGCUCCGCCGCCCCGGCGCCCGCAGCGCCUCGCCCAGCGACUCCCUGCCCGGCAGCCCCGCGCCCAGCCCCGCGCCCAGCCCCGCGCCCGCCAGCCUGUAGGGCCCGCACAGGCCCCACGCCGCCUGCCCGCUGCCCGCUGCCCGCUGCCCGGCCCGGCCC